UAAUAUGCGCUAGGAAAAUGGACGACAAACGGUUCGGAUAUUGUUGUAAAAACAUUUUUGUCUGUGUGUUUGUUGCAGUGUUGAUACUGCCGCAGACAACAGUGUUUGGGACAGAAGCAAAUGUGCAACUUUUGUUGACAUUAUCAGAAAGAAGAAAAUCUAAUGAGGUGCAGGAUCUCGGAUGCCGUAGUGCAGAGGGGUCGACGAUGACGAGGGACGGAAAGAUGACGGCGAUGCGGUGUAUCGUCAAUUGCUGGGGAAGCAAGUACGCGUAUGCUGUUCUCCAGAGCGGCAAUCGCUGUGUGUGCUCUCACACCCGGAACAAGCCUAGGGACAAGAAGGAAUGUAACAUCGCCUGCGUGGGGGACAAGAAACAAAACUGCGGGGGCGGUAAAGCGGCGUCUGUGUUCUUCACAGGUUAUGUGAAGCUGGACAAGAAGUCGCUCCACCAGCUGUACGCAGCUACCCGUUUGGCCUACAAGCGUAACAAGUCGAAAAUGACUGCCGAAAUGGCGGCAUAUGAUAACCUCGGCCCUUGUGUGAAGAUAUCACCAGGGAAAUUUCUAUCCUUCACCACCCACCUCAUGUCUAAGGAGUUGUGUGUCGUCCACUGUUUCCACUACAAGUUCACCUACGCCUUGCUUUCGACUGGCGAGAAGUGCACGUGUCUGCCGCAGCUGCCCAAGGAUGCCAAGACGUACACGGUCCUGCGGAAAGACUGUAACAUGCUGUGCCCAGGGAACAUGGGUCAGAGGUGUGGGGGCAGGGACGGGACCACCUACAACGUGUGGCUGACAGGCCACUACAACCAGAAGGACCAUCUCAGUCAGAAAGAUUACCGUCCAGUCAACGCCCUCGUUCAAGGAUGGAGAAGUUACCUGCGGAAACACCCUAAUGUGGCAGAUGAACUCACCAGACUUGGCGUCACCAUACCUCGUGCACCCCCUACUGUCCCACAUUCAGCGACAACUACUCCCCCUCAAAUCACAACGUUGACUACUGGAGGGAAUGACACUGAUGUCGAUGUGGAGGACGACGUCUUGACUGAUCGAGACAGCGGCGCUGCGUCGGGGGUGCUGGCAGGUGCAGUCAUAGCAGGACUGGUAGCGGCGAGCGCAGGGUUGGGCCUCGUCUUGUAUCUCAGGAGGUCAAAGUAUUCCAAUCCAUAUGGGUCGAAGAAGGACCGCGAGGAACACAAGCUGCUGAAGAAACAGAUAAGUGAGAAGACUCCGAUCCGGUCAAGGAGGACAGGCGGCUUCACCGGCGAUAAAACAGAUAACGCGCUCGCUGGCGAUGGAGAUGAUGAAGAUGAUUUUGCAAAUGAAAGAUGAUGACCAAUCUAAUGUGACCUGAAGAACCGGUACCCCGUGCCAUAGUACUGUGUCGUGAGUGAGUGAGUUUGGUUUAAUGCCGCUUAGCAAUAUUCCAUCAAUAUCGCGGCGGGGGACACCAGAGAUGGGCUUCACACAUCUUUGAUUCCUUUGUAAUAGCACGGUGUAGUUAAGCGACGAGUAGAAGGGACGUCCCAAUGUAAUUUGUGAUGUGUAUAUUAGAAAUGUCCCCAUUUAAUCACGGCAACCAGAAAAUAUCUCAAACUCACGUAAGCACUUGGCAAGUAAAUAUGUUAUUAACGAUCUGGGUGUCGUUGUACAGAACGACCUUAGCGCUAAGUCUUUGGUAAAGCUACGUUGAAGUAUGGGACUUACGAUCACCUUAGAGCUAAGGUUGUUUUGUACAACGGCACCCUGGUUUUACUAGUUCUAAAAAGCUAUGUUUGAGUUAUGGAGCAGCAUUGUUGCAGGACUGCGCAAAUCCACUUUGAUUGACAAUGUGUAGUCACACGUGUAAAUAUAUCACCGGAAUAAAACGAAAAAAGCUGCAAAGCCAUUUUCA